AUGUCUGCCCUACGUUGUCGCCAGACGCGAUUGAUUGGUAGUUUGCGCCAUGGAACAACAACUCUGCAAGCUCCGCGUACAAGAAUAAUCUCGCCCCAGCAUACCCUUGAAAAGCGCGGAAUCAGCUACAGCUCAACGCGUCCUCAAACCUCAAACACAACUCCCACCUCAGCUACAUCCAGAUCAGCGUAUUCACCGAAACAGUCAAAUCCUACACUUUCUACAUCUACCUCUACUUCUACUAUCAAACCCACAUCUAAGCAAACAACAGAAGACAUCUCCAAGUCAGGGCUUGAUGAUAAGCCUCUCGAUCUCGAAUCAUCCACAGAGGAUAAGAUCAACUGGUCCCAUUCCUUCCAUGGACUCUCAACCGAGCCUUUCUCGAAAGAAAUAGCCGACGUUCUCCUCGCAGAUGUCGUGGCUGAAGAUGUGGAAGUCAAGCCCGACGGCAUCAUCUACCUGCCCGAGAUCAAGUACCGCCGUAUUCUGAACCGGGCUUUCGGUCCAGGCGGAUGGGGUCUUGCCCCUCGUGGCGAAAGCAUUGUUACACCGAAAGCCGUAACAAGAGAAUAUGCACUUAUUUGUCAUGGGCGACUAGUCUCUAUCGCUCGCGGCGAGCAAGCUUACUUCUCGGUAGAUGGAAUUGCUACUGCCACAGAGGGUUGCCGUUCAAAUGCGCUCAUGCGCUGUUGCAAAGACCUAGGUAUCGCCAGUGAACUAUGGGAUCCGCGUUGGAUCAGGAAGUUCAAGGCCAAGUACGCACGUGAGGUGUUUGUUGAGCAUGUGGUCAAUAAAAGAAAGACGAAGAUCUGGGUACGAAAGGAUGAUGGGGUUUCUUAUCCGUGGAAAACUACAUAG